AUGGAAAGCAAAUCAAGAGCUAUUGCCUCCUUAGUCCUAGUUGUAGUCUUAAGUGUUGCUAGUUUGAUGACUCCACCAGUUGUACUAGCUCAUGAACAACCACCUCAGUCUCCUAUCAACAUAGAGAAAUGUUGGUCAUCUAUAUUUAACGUCAAUGGGUGCGUACUCGAGCUCUACAGAUCAGUAUUCUCCGGACAAUUUGGCAAUGUUGGAGUCGCAUGUUGCAAAGUAUUUUCAACCAUUGAUGCUAACUGUUGGCCUCAUAUGUUUCCAUUGAACCCGUUCUUUCCACCUCUUAUCAAAGACAAUUGUGCACACAUUGUUCCAGAGUGA